GUAAGGCUAAUCAAACGCACCUGGCAGUGGUCAGCUCUCCACGUCCUUGUUCAUUGGAAUAUGAUCUAUCUCUGGUACAUGGUACUUUUGGUGAUGAGUGUGAUAGAAAGGAGCUCAUGGUUCAAGUGCCUGAACCAAAAGGCAAAAUCAAGAGUAAAGCCAUUUCAGAGAAAGGUUCAGAUAGUUCAAUCAGGAAAGGGAGGAUGUUGAAGGAAGCAAGGCUUCUCCUGAAGGAAGAAAGGAAACAGCAGAAAGAACAAGAAAAACUGGAAAAAGAAUCUCAAAAGGCUGAAGCUGCUGAGUUGGUGAAAUUGCAGAAUGAAAAGCAAAAGAUCUACCUGGAGGAGGAGAAAUUGGAAAGAGAAGCUCAAAAGGUUGAAGCUUCUGAGUCGGUAAAAUUGCAGAAAGAAAAGCAAAAGAUCUGCCUGCAGAAGGAGAAAUUGGAAAGAGCAGCUGAAAAGGCUGAAGCUGCAGCUUUGAAAAAACUGCAGAAAGAAAAGCAAAAGAUCUAUCGGCAGCAACAGAAAUUGGAAAGAGCAGCUCAAAUAGCUGAAGCUGCAGCAUUGAAAAAACUAGCAAAAGAAAAGCAGAAGUGGGAAAAAGGAAAGUUUGCCCAAAAAACAAUUGUGGCUCAAAUAGAUAGUAAAAUAGUUGAAAUGGGGUCAAUCGGAGGACAUCUGCUUACAAGGUUUGCAGAAAAGGGUCUCUCAUAUCGUAUAAUGUCAAACCCAAUUGAAAGAUCUAUUGUGUGGACAAUACCUGUUCCAGAACAAUUGGUGCAGAUUUCAUCUGAGGGCAUAGUUGUACCAUACGUGUUACUCGUAUAUGGGGCUGAAGAAUUCUGCAAUCUCGUCAUGGAUGGAACACUUAUGGAUCAAGUUUCCAGGGUUCAAUACCAUUAUCCAAACCAUACGAUUUGUUACCUCACAAAUAGACUGAUGGCCUACAUAAAUAAACGGGAACAAGAUCAUUAUAAGAAUCCCAGCAAAUAUGAAGGUUGGAAGCGCCCACCAAUAGAGGAGGUAUUGGCAAAAUUAGCCACUCAUUUUACUAGGGUGCAUUCAAGACUGUGUUGUGAUGAAGCUGAAUUAGCAGAACAUGUUGUUGGUUUGACUCACAGCCUUGCCUCUUGUCAGUAUAGGAAGAAGCCAACACCAUUAUCAGUGAAUGCAAAUGGCUCUCUUGUACCCAAGGAUUGUGCUGAUAGAAAUCUCAUAAAGAAGAAUACAUGGUUAAAAGCAUUGGUAGCUAUCCCUAAGGUACAACCACGGUUUGCCAUUGCUAUAUGGAAAAAGUAUCCCACAAUGAAAUCACUUUUGACUGUUUACAUGGAUCCGAGUAAAUCGGUGCAUGAGAAAGAAUUUUUGCUCCAAGAUUUGACUACAGAAGGUUUACUUGGUGAUGACAGAAGAUUAGGAGAGAUUUGUUCUAAGAGAAUUUAUAGAGUACUCAUGGCUCAAUGUGGGAACGUCAUUACUGAUGACGUUGAGCAUGGAGCUGAUUUUUUUUCGUUUACCAGCCCACUCUGCUGUUAAUGCUCCCGCUACUAGGCUGAUUGAAAGUUAUUUGGCAAGUGUUGUAUCCUAUUCGAAUGAGGAAAAGAUAUUACAAUCUUAUCAGUUGUGAACUGGAUAAAGCAGCAUGCGGCAGCGUAUUUAUCAAAUCAAUGUGGCCUCAACAACUUGUUGGAAGCUUUUCUGCUGUGAUGUCAGAUCAGUGGAGGUGAAAAGAUUUAGAUUAUCACCUUUCAGCUACGACUAUAUUGGCAUAUGUAUAUAUGUCUUUUGCUAACAUCAAUGUUGCAAAACCUUGUCCAAUUGACCUCUGCUAUUAUUUUCUAAUUGGAAAAUGAAGCAUCGUGGAAAACUGACUAAUAAGAAAGUUGAACUUUUUAUCACAAAUGCUUUGGCCCAUA